GCACGAGUUACUUCCCUUGCGGGCAAAUGUCAAAAUCGACAAAAUUAUAAUGAGAGUGCCUGCAGAUAAUUGGCAGCGAUAAAGUUGUGUAAUCGACACAGUAAUUGACACUACUGUAUAAUUGAUCAGCGACUGAGUAUUGGUGACGAUGCCAGUUGACAACGUCAACAAGAGUAAGAGUAAAGGACCGGGACAUACGGUACGACAGCAUAGCACGGGUAUGGCGGGACGUUAUGAUUCUGACACUGACAAUCCGCUUCCAGCUGCUUUCAGGUCAAGACUUCAUCAUUUGUUUGCACAGAUAGAAAAAGAAUUUGAGACAGUGUAUGCAGAGAAUCUUUUAUUACAAGAUAAAGUUGAAGGACUGCAGGAGAGAUUGGAUGCAUAUAUUGCUGGAGACAAAACUGGCGUCGAGACCCUGGAUACACCUGAUGGAGGAGUGAAGGCAAAAAGAUCUGCGAGUCACAUUUCACAGAAAAUCAAGAAGUCCUACAUAGCGUCCACCAGUAAACUUGUGUCCAGUUUCCGACAGGCCACUCCGGCAUACUCUGUGGUAAAAGAUUUCCGAGGCCAUAAAGAUGGAGUGUGGGAAGUGAAUGUAUCCAAGUUGGACCAUAACAUAAUUGGUACAGCAUCAGCAGAUCACACAGCCAGAAUUUGGAAUUUGGAAACUGGUCAAUGUCUCCUACAAUAUGCCGGCCAUCAAGGUUCUGUGAAUGCUAUUCGGUUCAACCCGGUAAAAGAUCUGGUUGUAACAACUUCUGGUGAGGGGUUGGCUCACAUCUGGUCUCCUCAGGUGAAUCUACCACCACAUGAAAUCAUUAGAUCCCAUUCAUCAGGAGAGGAUGACCUUGACAUGUCAGAGAAAGAGGACAUGGCUGAUGAUUUUCCGGAACAGACAGUUAAUAACACACUUCGAACUCCGUCAAAAGAGCUGAUUGGUCAUCACAGUGUGGUGAUUGCAGCUGAUUGGCUGAAUACUGGAGAUCAGGUGAUCACAGCAUCAUGGGAUAGAACGGCCAUCUUGUUUGAUGCAGAAACUGGAGAAAAUAUUUCCACACUCACAGGUCAUGAUCAAGAACUAACAGAAGUUCGAGCCCACCCUGCACAGAGUCUUGUUGUGACAUCAUCCAAGGACACGACCUUCAGAUUGUGGGAUUUCCGUGACCCAAAUAUGCCAGUCACUGUGUUCCAAGGUCAUACUCAGCCAGUGACAACGGCAGUGUUUGCAGGUCAGGAGAAGGUUGUCUCUGGUAGUGAUGAUAGAACAGUUAAAGUAUGGGACCUGAAGAACAUGAGGUCACCAAUAGCAACCAUCAGAACAGAUUCCUCUGUAAACAGACUUUGUGUGUCUCAACAAAAUAUAAUAGCCAUACCCCACGACAACAGACAUAUAAGGUUGUUUGACAUCAAUGGAAACAGGAUAGGAAGAUUGCCCCGUAGUAACAGAACUGGUCAUAGUAAGAUGGUUUGUAGCGUUGCAUGGGCUGAGGACAACACAGUCUGUAAUCUAGUCUCCUGUGGAUUUGAUCGCAAAGUGCUUGGUUGGAACAUUAAUCUACAAGUCAAGGAAUAGUUUAUGAUGAAAGAGGACAGGAACAGUGGUGUGUGUGAGGGGAUGGUGGCACUAUUAUGUUAAACAUUUAUUGAAUUCCUGACUGGACUGUGUUAAAUUUUCUUUACUCAAUAUUGUGGACAUAUCUGGUUAACUAUUGCCUGGUGUUGGUGGAGGGCAAUACUUGACUGGUUUCUUUCACAACCGAGGAAAAUAGUUCUUGACUGUUGCCAUAGCUUUUCAGUAGAGAUGCUGUGUUACAUGACACAAAAUGAAAAAUGAUGUACUCAACUGUUUAAUAUUAAGGGAUAUUUAUAGAGCCACAAGGCAAAAUGUGGACAAUUGACUGGCUGCCUGUCUGUUCACCAUGCAUAUAGUUGUAACUAUUGACCAAUAAUAUUAACUCCUGUAAUAACUAUUUUCUAGCUUUAUGGGGAAGCGAAAUGAAAAGGUUUGUGGUAGAGAUUUUUGUAUGGAAAUGUGUUUAUUAUUACAUAGUGAAAUUUUUAAUAGAAUGGCAUCUUUUUAUGGUUUAUACUGCAUACUUUUUGCUUUGGUUGUAUAUUUUUUCUGUAUUUAAUUUUGUGCACAUAGUUUUGUCUGGAUAAUGUCCUGUAAAAGAAUAAAAUUCCACAUCAUGCAGUGUUUGGUCAUGUCAAAUAAAGGUUAUGAUAAAAUGAUGUAACAUCUUGAUGACUGUAAAAGAAAUGUUGUUUGCUGAUAAAAUAUCAUCUGAUAUUUUUAUGGUUUAUCAGAGGAACUUUAUUUAUGUUUGUGAAAUUUAGUGUUGUAAAGAGUUCAAAUCUAAAUUAAACUGAAAAUGUUUCCAUAAGAUAUUGUUUUAGCUUGACUAUUCAAAGAAUAAUGAGAGCUAUUCUACUCACUUGGUAUAGGUGUCACAUCACACCUUGGAUUUGCUUGAAAGUUCAUAUCUCAGUAACCAUUGAAAGUAUCAUAUUGAAAUUUCAUAUAAUAAUACUUGAUCGUCAAACCUACUUACAAAAUCAAGUAAGAUAACUCUUGAUAGAAUUUAAUUUAAAUGAUGGCCCUUUUUCAACUUGGAAAUAUGGCUAAAGUUUUGUGUGUUAGUAAUUGUCAAGCUUUUACAUAUAUUUGGUUGAAACAUCUCAUCAUGCAAAGUUUUUUGAUAGAAUUGCAUCUUU